AUGGCUUUUGAUGUUGCGGCAGGCGUUGAACUCAAUCUUUUAGUCACGUCCUGUUUCUCCGGGGGCUGGGUAAUCACGCCGAUGGAAAAGUCGAAUAAGACGCUGAAUAUCGCCGGGUUGACGGCUGAGAAUGCACAGGAAGAAAGUACUUCUUGGGCCAAGACUGCAUCCUGUGGGCGAGCAGGCGGCUCCCUCUAUGCAACCGCCGUCUUGAAUGCAUUGGUGCAAACUACAGAAGCGGACACUUCCGAUGCUUCCGCACUGGACGAAGAAAUCUCUGGGUCUCCAACAUAUAUCAACCUGUGCGACGCAGUAUACAACACCAACAAAGAGAUCGACCCAUUUUUUCGUACUCGCGGAAUCUCGUUUGCAGCUCAGGAUGAUAUAUGGGAUUCGGAAUGGCGAACUCGAUCGGGAUUUCCCCUUGUAAACUUCCAAAAAAGGUGGGAAAGAUUACGCCGAAUCCACUCCGACCAGAGUCCGGGUGCCACGCUCAGUUUUCGCGGGAGUAUCGGGCGAUCGUAUGACAACGUUCUCCAGGUAAAAGCGCAGCUUUACCUUGAUUCUUUCCCGGGGCCUGACAACGUCGGUCCAAAUGUCGCCUUUCAUGGCCGAUUGAGAAAACUUGUUGCUGGUGGAAACUUCUCAGAAGAGAUCUUGACCUCCCUUGACGAUGCAUUAGAUUAUCGAUUGUCAGUACUGAAGCUUGCGACAAAAUAUGCUUCAUAUCUGAACUUAGACUUCCCAGACGCGUUCAAGAUCGACACCGACAGUUGCCUCAAGGCCGCAAGCCUCAAAGAAAUGGACCUCGAAAAUGACGACAAAUCGACAGCUGCGACGUGGUACGAGAGAGUCCAAGAGGUUCGCUCGCGCAUCAUCGAGAAACGACUUUUCGACAAGCCCGGACCUUCUCAAGGGUGGGCUUAUUCAAAACCAAGAGACUAUCUUGCUAUCGCGCUGUUAUCGUCAUCGUGGGAUCAGGAGAGAAUAUUUCAAGCUAUCGAUACUCUCCUUGUCCUGAAAGCUGGUGCCCAGCGCUACCUGGCUUCGACACCCAUCGCCAAGAGCAUCAUGAAUAACAGGGAAGUCAUUAGACACCGCGAUAAAUUAUACCAAAUGCCCGAAAUCUCAGGUAGGUUAUUCCAUAAUCGAUGA